UCAAUACUUAGUUGUUAGCUUACACUAUAUUGGCGGGAGUCUGCCGCUUCUUUCAUUUCAAUCCCGCUAAAAAUAACAAAAAGAAACCUCCAAAAUCGAGCCCUAAAACUCAAUUUCCAUCAAAAGAUAUAUCCAAACACAACAAUCGUGAUAUUGAAUCCGAUGGGCAAGAGCGAUGCUAAUCAGCAGUUGGCCGUGGCUAAGGCGGCGUACCAUAAUGCUAAAGCUGACGGCAACCGCCAGGAGGAGGCCAGGUGGGCGAAUAUGAUAGGCGACAUCCUCAAGAAUCGAGGGGAAUACUUCAAGGCUCUCAGGUGGCUGCGCAUUGACUACGACAUCUCCGCUAAGUACUUGCCGGAGAAGCACCUGCUGCCUUCGUGUCAGUCACUCGGAGAACUCUAUCUCCGCCUUCAUGAUUUUGAAAAUGCCCUAAUUUAUCAGAAAAAACAUUUAGAUCUCGCCAGGAAUGAAAGUAAUCUUAUUGAACAACAAAGGGCAACCACUCAACUAGGGAGAACAUACCAUGAAAUGUUCUUAAAGUCUGACAACGACCAUCUCUCUCUGAAAAAUGCUAAGAAGUAUUUCAAGUUGUCAAUGGAACUUGCUCAAACUCUGAAGCACGGUCAACAAUCUGAAAAGUUCUCAUUUGUAAAGGAGUACAUUGAUGCACAUAAUAACCUGGGAAUGCUCGAAAUGGAUCUUGAUAACUUGGAGGAAGCCAAAACAUUUCUCUUGAGGGGAUUAGAUAUCUGUGAUAAAGAAGAAUUGAAUGAGAAUGAUGAUGCUCGAAGUAGGCUUCAUCAUAACCUUGGAAAUGUUUACACAGAACUAAGGAAAUGGGAUAAAGCAAGAGAGCAUAUCCAGAAAGAUAUUGUAAUAUGUCACAAAAUUGGACACUGCCAGGGAGAGGCUAAGGGAUAUAUAAAUCUGGGUGAGCUGCAUUACAGGGUUCAAAAGUACGAUGAGGCCAUGACUUGUUAUGCUAAGGCUCUUCAAUUAGCUAAAUCAAUGGAGGAUGAGGAUGCUUUGGUUGAUCAAAUAAAUCAAAACAUGCAAACAGUAAAGGCCGCACUCAAGGUACGGGAUGAAAUGGAAAAAGAAGAGCAAGUUCUAAAAAAAUUGGUAAGGAAAUUGGAGACAGCCAGAGGCACAGAUGGCGAGAGGAAGUGCCUACUGCAACAGUAUUCAUCUCUUGAUCAUCUCAUUGAGAAAGCCAGCACAAUCUUUGCAUGGAUGAAAUAUCAUGCAUAUGCCAAGAAAAGAAAGAAAAUAGCAAGCCAGCUUUAUGACACAGAGAAGUUGGGUGAUUGUUUUCUUGCUAUUGGAGAGUCAUAUCAUAAGCUCAGGAAGUUUGAUAAGGCUCUGAAAUGGCACACAAAGAGCUGGGAAAAAUUCAAAGUAAUUGGGAACUUGGAGGGACAAGCACUGGCAAAAAUCAAUAUUGGUAAUGCUUUUGAUUCUAAAGGUGACUGGGAAUCUGCUUUGGCUUCAUUUAAAGAGGCUUAUAGCAUUGCUAUUGAAGCAAACAAGCCUGUUACUCAGCUGGCUGCUCUAGAAAAUAUGCACUAUAGCCAAAUGAUUAGAUUCGAUAAUGUAGAAGAAGCGAAGAGGCUACAAUUGCUGAUUGACAAGUUAAAGAAGUCGGGGAGUGAUGAUUUUGGAGAGCCAGAUCUUGCAGGGGGGUCGUGCUCUGAAACAGAAACAGAGGCAGGCCCCUCACCAUAUGAUGUAUCAGAUGCAAGUUUUUCACCAACAAAAAGUGAAUUCUGUAAUAAAAAAUUUAACUUUCAUGACACUGCUGAUCAAUCAUGUGAAGAUAUACUCUUGAUUUCCUUGCUUGAUCCUAAAAAGUCAGCUAAGAAGAAAAUUAGUAGCAUUUCCUCUACAAUUCCAUCUGAUUGUUUGCCUAGAAGCUUAACCAAAUCAAGUAGUAGUCAAACUGACAUGAUUGGUCGUAAACGUACCCGCGUUGUCCUGUCUGAUGAUGAUGAAAAUAAUGAGAUACUUUGCUCUGGAAGGAUUGUCAAUGAUACUCAGGUUUCUUUGUCCCAUAAUGUGUUGUAUAAUAAGGAUGUUGUAGAAGAUGUGGCUACGUCAGAUAAUUUUAAAAGUGGGAAACAGCAGUGUACUAAUGCUCAUCAUGCUCAACGGGAUGUCUCGCCAGUAGCCUCAAAAUGUAUAGUUAAUGGUUGCACAGCUAUGAACUUUGAAGAGAGCACCUGUUCUGACAAAUCCAGGACAUCAAGAUUAGAUGAAAGCAACUUUAGAUAUUCCAGUCCACACAGGCCUGUUGAAAAUUCUACUUCUCAUGCUAGUGACAACCCAGUACAUGCUAAUAAUGCUUGUGGUGAUGAACAUUGUAAGCAUAUUAUUGUUAAAAUUGGUGAAGACUAUGUUCAUGUAGAACCAGAGUCAUGUAUGAUUGGCUCUGGUAUCAGCAUAGAUCAAUUGAAGAUUGAAGUGGCAUGUUUGUACUACAGAAAACUUCCUCAUGAGAAGAGAACACAAGGUCUAGUUCCAGUUAUUCAAUAUGUGAAAUAUGAUGGAAGGGUUCUGGAAUCCUCUGAAACAGUUGAUAUUCUAAAUGACCACAUCAGCAGAAAGAGUUGCAUUGAAGUUUCUCUCGGUGUUUGGGUACCUAGGCCGUUGGUGGAACUAUACACUGCAUGCUGUAAAGAGCUAUCUGAGUUACCCAACAUGAACGUUCUCAGGAAAUUGUAUAAUCAAGAGGUGUCUGAGGAUGAGAUAGUUGUAUCUGGCUGUGAGUUGCAAGAUGUAUCAGUGGCACCAUUAAUGAAAGCUUUAGAUAAGCACCAGACAAUUGCUUCUCUAGACCUUUCACACAACUUGUUAGGAAAUGGAACAAUGGAGAAGCUUAAAAAAGUUUUUACUGCAUCACCUCAAACCUAUGGUGGGCUGGCUUUAGAUUUGCAUUGUAACCGGUUUGGUCCAUCUGCUUUGUUUCAGGUAUGCGAAUGUCCCGUGCUAUAUAGUCGGCUAGAAGUGCUUAAUAUCUCCAGCAACCGUUUGACCGAUGCAUGUGCAUCUUACCUUUCGACCAUCUUGCAGAAAUGCAAAGCUCUGUACAGUUUAAACGUUGAACAAUGUUCCAUCACAUCCAGAACAGUUCAAAAAAUUGCCGAUUCUCUGGAUUUAGGAUGUGCGCUCACACAUCUUUAUUUAGUGAACAGGACACAACCAUCCAGUGUCUGGAAAUGCUUUGAUGAAUGUCUUGGCUAAGCUUGCCUGUUUGAAAAAUUUUCAAGAGCUUGAUUUGAGUGGAAUGAAGUUGAGCAAACCAGUGGUAGGUAAGCUUUGUGAGCUCGUUAAGAACACUAGCUUGUCAGACUUAAUACUGGGAAGUACAAGUAUUGGAAAUGAUGGAGCACUUGAAAUACUUAAGUCAUUCUCCGAGAAGAAUCGAGAAACUGGGAAACUCGACUUAUCAUCUUGUGGAUUGAAUUUUUUCUGCAUCACAAGAUUAAACAUUGAAGUUUCCUUAGUAAGUUCUAUUCUGGAGCUGAAUCUUGGAGGGAAUCCAAUCAUGGAAGAGGGUGGAAAUGAAUUGGCAUCCUUGAUUAGCAAUCCACAAUGUUGCCUAAGAGUUUUGAUACUAUGCAAAUGCCAACUUGGUCCUCGGCAAGUUGUCGGGAUACUCAAGGGACUAUCAGAAAACUGCCAUCUGGAAGAGCUCAAUCUUGCUGAUAAUCUUGAUGAAC